GUAAACUCGCUCGAAGUGUUGGGAAACAGCUUUAACCAGAAGAAGAAGGUCUCUUUUCCGUUAUCGACUAUUAAAAUGGAGGGAUUUGAAGGAGCCAGCAGCAGCGAGAGUGUUUUAGAUCUGUCCCGUCUGAAUCUGAACAAUAACAGCUUGGACACGGUCAGCGAGAAACGACGGAAAGACACGACGCAACUGUAUCUGUGCUACAACCGCAUGACGGCUUUGCCCGAGUCCAUCUCUUUAUUCUCGAACCUGGAGUUUCUCGACAUCAGUAACAACUCGCUGUCGGUCAUCUGCGAGGACAUCACCCGACUGACCAAACUCAAGACCCUCAUAGCCAAGAACAAUCGUUUAAAUGAGUUUUCUCUGCCCAAGCACUUUGGCUCUCUGCAGCUGGAAGUGCUGAAUUUAAGUGGGAACAGGUUUGAGGAGAUGCCGAGCCAGUGUCUGCAGCUGUUGCGCCUCCAGUCUCUGUCUCUGGGAGGAAACAGACUGAAGAGCAUCCCAGCAGAGAUCGAGAGUCUCACCAGCUUAGAGCUGUUGUAUCUGGGUGGUAACCAGAUCUCCUCCAUCCCUGCUGAACUAGCUAACUUACCCUGCCUCAGUUACCUAGUUCUGUGUGAUAAUCGCAUCCAGAGCGUCCCACCUCAUCUCAACAAGCUCCAUUCCCUGCGCUCUCUUAGUCUGCAUAAUAACCUGCUGACGUAUCUUCCGAGAGAGAUCCUGAGCCUGGUGCAUCUUCAGGAGCUCAGUCUCAGAGGCAAUCCUUUGGUUGUACGCUUCGUCAAGGACAUGACCUACAAACCCCCGUCGCUGCUGGAGCUGGCUGGCCGAACCAUCAAAAGCAAGAACCUUCCAUACUCGCAUAAAGACCUCCCAAGCCAUCUAGUCAACUACCUAGACAUGGCCAGCAAGUGCCCCAACCCCAAGUGCGCAGGCGUUUACUUCGACUCAUGCGUUCGUCACAUCAAGUUUGUGGAUUUCUGUGGGAAGUAUCGCCUGCCCUUGAUGCACUACCUGUGCUCCCCAGAAUGCACCUCUCCCUGCAGCUCCAACCCUCAGAGCGACGCUGACUCAGACGAUGACAACAGCGUGCCUGCCGAUCGCCUUCAAAGAGUGCUACUGGGAUAACCUCGCUCACCCCGUACACGUCUCCUUCUCUCUCACUUACAGUGUUAUCAGGAAGAACAUUGAACUUUACAGCCAGCUGGCUUGAAAACCUCUCAGCUGAAGCCAAAUCUUAUUGCCAAGUGAUUGAGCAAGUGGCAUUCUGGGAAAGACAUCUGCAGAUAGUUUCCCUUACAAAGGCCUUGCUUU